CUAUCAUGUGAUGAAAUGAUACCUUAAAAAAAAUAUAGUUAUAUGGAAUCGGCCGAGAGCAAGGAAAUUUUGGAAAAUCAAAAGCUAAAAAGCUUGGCGAUUCAACUUAAAAAAUCGCUAAACGAUUACAAAAAUAAAUGUGUGGCACUUGAAAAACAAUUGUAUUACCAAAGUAACGAGGCAAAAAGUAACACUGAUUAUCAGAAUAAUAGCCUAAUUAUCAAUGAUAUGUUGCAUGAUGUGAGAGAUCCUAAAAAAGAGAAUCUAUUUUUGAAUGAAUCUGAAAUUGAAAACUAUAAACAAAAGUUGAUAGUAAAGAAUGAAGAGAUUAUAAGCCUCAAAGAAAAUAACAUUCUAUUAAACAAAGAAAAGAAACAUAAUAUAGAAGAGAGUCAAAAAUUAUCAAAACAAAUUGAUAAAUUAAAGUUAGAAAAUGAAUUCCUAAAUGGGCAAGUUAUCAGACUACACAUACAGUUUGGUCAGGUAGAAGAUAACCAAGAAAUGAUUAGGGUCAAGGACCUUGAAAUUGAAAGCUACGAAAAAUGCAUUAAUAACUUGAAAGAAUCAAUGGGCGAUAAGGAUGUAGAGACCUUGGCGCUUAAGAAACAGUUAGAAACUUUGGAAGAUGUAAUAACGAACAAUGAGCAGGAUAUCUGUCGGUUGAAAAGUUUGGAAGAUGAGAAGGAAAAUCGUAUCCAGGAAUUGAAUGAGAAAAUCGCAUUACUUGAUAUUCGAAUCGAAGAUUUUACGGAAAAGGAAAAUGAAACAAUGACUCGACACCAAAAUCUGUUGGAAGAAAUUGAUAGGGUUAGAUUAUCAGCCCAAAACGAAACUUCCUUCAAGGAGACCCUCUUCGGGCAUAAGCUUGCGGAUCUUCAAAGGGAACUCGGUCGUUGCAAAGCCGAACACAACUCUUAUAAAGCUAAAGUGCAAGUCGUUCUCAAUGAAUCACUGAUCUCCGCUAAAACUGACCGGUCCAUUCAAGCCACACCUCCCGUGAUAACGAAAUCUUUUAAAUUCGUUCAGACUAGUCCGUCAAAUCGAACCGUUAUAAACGAUGCGGUCGAUAUUCGUAUUAAGAAUCUUAUGUUGUCUCAAAUCUUUGCGGAAUGGGAGAACAAAUUCACACUCAUAUUAACACAGAUCGCGAGAUGUCAAGACCAAAACGCCGAAAAAUUUGAUCAAUGCCAAAAACGCUUACAAAGUUACUUGUCACGUGAUAGAAUAUUGGAUGACUCGAAUGUAGACGUUAAUGCCAACUACAACAAAAGUUCACCUGUUUAUCAAGGCGCUAAUUCUGGAUCUCGGCGGGACACGAACCUCGAUGAUUCUUUUAAUAGCAAUGAACAACCGUUCAAUGGGUUGAACGAAUUUGUUAGAAAUGACGAUGCCAUAUUUUCAAUCACGCCUCACUCUCCUCACCCAUCAUACCAUGAUACUUUAUCAAAGGUAACUCACAUUACUUCUUCUCGCGGUGACCAAUACAAUAAUGUCAUUCCCCAAUCUGUGUCCACCCUAGAGCGAUUAUUACUUCCGACCCACCUCUCCUCCACCCUCUCCAAAUCCGCCACUAAAAUUCCAAAAACGGGUAGUGAAUCGCGUGAAACCCACCUGACCCGACUCCUAGCCGAAAACGAAUGGCAUUCCAGCCGAUUGACAGAACAAAUUGAACUUUUGAAGCGUGAAAUAAGGAGGUUGGACAACGCAUGCGUGGGUAGGCACCUCCCAUUUCGCCGAGAAGCUGAUCUGUUGGAAGAUUUCCUAGAGGGAAAAAGUGUAGAGAAUGUAAAUACUACUUUUAAAGAGCCUCUGCAAAAUUUGGAAUACCUGAAGAACGUUCUCGUUAAAUUUUUAAGCCCAGAAACGGAUGGUCAACAACGCAAAACGCUCGUGUCUGUUCUUUCGACCAUUCUUCAACUGCGCACCGAUCAAAAAUUAAUAUUGAAUAGAGUGUCCGAAAAUAACAUAUUAUUCAACCUUCCUAGUGAUUCUUUGUUCAAUAACGAAUAUUCCUCCGCUAAACGUUUUGGAUUCUUUUGAAUCACUGCACUCAUUUUUUUUUGAUCAAAAUCAACCAUAAACAUUCAAAUUCCGCUGCCGGUGUUACCCAUAUUUCCAUUAAUUAAUGAACGGGGGAAAAUGCCGGAACUUUAAAUGAUUAAAAUAUUAUUUCUAAUUUCCAAAAUUGGCUCUCAUAAGCGAACUUCUUCGCUUCGGGUCUUUGGAGGGGAAGGGGGGUUGGGUCUAUCACAUUUUUGAAAAAUUAACAAUAUUUAUGCAUUAUGAAUGUUAAAAAUUUAUAUUUAUUAAAUCGUUUUUUUUGUAAAAUUUAUCUCGCGAACUAAUUGGCGUUAUCCAUAAUUUGGCAAUCUUAAUUAUCAAUUUUUAUUUUGUUGUAAUCAUUCCUUGAAUUUUUUAAAUAUUUUAAAUAUCUUGUUAAACAUGCAUGUUAUUGACUAUUCGGCUGUUUUUAAUUCUAUGAAAUUCGAACAUCGGGUUUCAAUUCAAAUUAAUUUUUUUGUCAAUCAAGACACACGUUAUAAUAUUGUUAAAGCUCUAACGUUUACAAUGCAUGUUUGAUUUGUUAAUGAUCACCGAAUUUCAUGAACCCCAUGUACUAAUGAUAUCAAUGAUCCGUUUGUUUUCAUAAUAAACUGGGUUAUUUUCUAUAUUUAUAUCCACUUCCUUAAUAGUUUAUUAGGACGCUCAUAUUCCAUUUUAAUAGUAGGGUUAU